CAGGAAGUGAGUAACUUAAAGUUGUUCAAGGAAUAAUUCUUUUUUUGUGUGUGUAGAAAAGGAGUGUUUUAGAAUUUAUCUGGUUCUUAGACCUUACAAGCAGUCGUUGUUUGACUUUCUGAACAAGGCGGUUCAUCAUGAAGUUGGAGGUACCCGAAACCUUUGAAGAUGUUGCUGUUGAGUUUUCAGGAGAGGAGUGGGAAAUGCUGAGUAAACCAGAGAAAGAGCUACACAAGGAGGUGAUGGUGCAGAACUAUGAGAACAUGAUUUCUGUAGGGUAUGACAUCCCAGUGGACCAUCUUUGGUUAUAUGUUAAGAACUUUGAGACAGUUUCACCUUGUGACACCAAAGGAGGAAUGAUGGUGCAGCAAAUACUGGAUGCUGGUACCAGAACCAGCAAUAAAUUAACAGCAGAUAAAGUCGUGACCAUAAAAACCCAGGGUAGUAAAGGAAACGAUAUAACAGAAUUAAACAGGAUAUAUUACUGUGCAGAUAAAUUAACAGCAGAUAAAGUCGUGACCAUAAAAACCCAGGGUAGUACAGGAAACGAUAUAACUGAAUUAAACAGGAUAUAUUACUGUGCAGAUAAAUUAACAGCAGAUAAAGUCGUGACCAUAAAAACCCAGGGUAGUACAGGAAACGAUAUAACAGAAUUAAACAGGAUAUAUUACUGUGCAGAUAAAUUAACAGCAGAUAAAGUCGUGACCAUAAAAACCCAGGGUAGUAAAGGAAACGAUAUAACAGAAUUAAACAGGAUAUAUUACUGUACAGAUAAAUUAACAGCAGAUAAAGUCGUGACCAUAAAAACCCAGGGUAGUAAAGGAAACGAUAUAACAGAAUUAAACAGGAUAUAUUACUGUACAGAUAAAUUAACAGCAGAUAAAGUCGUGACCAUAAAAACCCAGAGUACUAAAGGAAACAAUAUAACAGAAUUAAACAGGAUAUAUUACUGUGCAGAUAAAUUAACAGCAGAUAAAGUCGUGACCAUAAAAACCCAGGGUAGUAAAGGAAACGAUAUAACAGAAUUAAACAGGAUAUAUUACUGUGCAGAUAAAUUAACAGCAGAUAAAGUCGUGACCAUAAAAACCCAGGGUAGUACAGGAAACGAUAUAACAGAAUUAAACAGGAUAUAUUACUGUGCAGAUAAAUUAACAGCAGAUAAAGUCGUGACCAUAAAAACCCAGGGUAGUACAGGAAACGAUAUAACAGAAUUAAACAGGAUAUAUUACUGUGCAGAUAAAUUAACAGCAGAUAAAGUCAUGACCAUAAAAACCCAGGGUAGUACAGGAAACGAUAUAACAGAAUUAAACAGGAUAUAUUACUGUGCAGAUAAAUUAACAGCAGAUAAAGUCGUGACCAUAAAAACCCAGGAUAGUAAAGGAAACGAUAUAACAGAAUUAAACAGGAUAUAUUACUGUGCAGAUAAAUUAACAGCAGAUAAAGUCGUGACCAUAAAAACACAGGGUAGUACAGGAAAGGAUAUAACAGAAUUAAACAGGAUAUAUUACUGUGCAGAUAAAUUAACAGCAGAUAAAGUCGUGACCAUAAAAAACCAGGGUAGUACAGGAAACGAUAUAACAGAAUUAAACAGGAUAUAUUACUGUGCAGAUAAAUUAACAGCAGAUAAAGUCGUGACCAUAAAAACCCAGGGUAGUACAGGAAACGAUAUAACAGAAUUAAACAGGAUAUAUUACUGUGCAGAUAAAUUAACAGCAGAUAAAGUCGUGACCAUAAAAACCCAGGGUAGUAAAGGAAACGAUAUAACAGAAUUAAACAGGAUAUAUUACUGUGCAGAUAAAUUAACAGCAGAUAAAGUCGUGACCAUAAAAACCCAGGGUAGUAAAGGAAACAAUAUAACAGAAUUAAACAGGAUAUAUUACUGUGCAGAUAAAUUAACAGCAGAUAAAGUCGUGACCAUAAAAACCCAGGAUAAAUUAACAGCAGAUAAAGUCGUGACCAUAAAAACCCAGGGUCGUACAGGAAAGGAAGGGGAGAAAAUCAAACGCCAUCAUGGAGUAUCGACUAGAGAAAACUAUAAAGCAGUUAAGACAAGAUAUGUCAAUGCUAGAAGAGCACAGAAGAGGGAACAGACCAACAAAAAUACUCAGAAAGAUAGACAGGAUAGAACCAGCACACAGCAUUAUAACAGAUUAGGAUCAAUUAUGCACUAUCGCAAAUAA